CUUAAGAAGAAACCGUCAUGCUGUUCGGCUGCCAAAAUUUCUUGGUCUACUUGACAUGAUGCUGUCUUUUAAGAAAGAAUAUAAACUAGAGUGCCUGGAUUUAAUAUAAACUACAACUGGUGCCAUGGUCUUACUGAGAUGUACAUCCUGUUCCACUGCUCUCAUUCUGCUGCUUAAAAUUUCUCAUAGCUGUGUUUUGGAGAUGACCCCUGAAGAUAAGUGAUCGACGGGACAUACAGGCCCUACAAUACCUAUGUGACCUACAGAAGCUACAGGACCUACAUCACCGAUAGGACCAUCACCUGUGAUGAAAGUUUUCGAGGGUCCAGUCUUGCAAUAGAGGAAUACAGCUGAACAUCAAUGAUUCUGAUGAUGACGUUGAAAUGACGUAUAGUCUUCGAAAAAGGGGAGCUGUUCCUGAACAGAAAUGGAAAAAAUAGAACUGUGGUUUACCUGAACCCGCCAAAUGUGACCCAUAGGGAUUUUCAUGUUUAAUGUUUUCUAUAUGGUUUUUAAACAAUCUUGUUAAAAGUUAUAGUAAAAAAGUCUUAUCUAGUCUUUUUAGUAAAUAGUCUAUAGAGACUUGUCUUGUUAGAAACUAGUCUAUACAGACUUGUCUUGUUUGUGAAUAGUCUAUACAGACUUGUCUUGUUAGUAAAUAGUCUAUACAGACUUGUCUUGUUUGUGAAUAGUCUAUACAGACAUGUCUUGUUAGUAAAUAGUCUAUACAGACUUGUCUUGUUAGUAAAUAGUCUAUCAAGACUUAUCAGACUUUGCAGCAAGUUUUGUAGGUUUUAGAAUUAUUAUUUUAAUCUCAGUGCUAUUAAUUGAAUCUCUAUUUCAUGACUGUAUCCUUAAUGUAGAUCUGUUAUUUAUAUUUUAUAUCCUUGUUUACUUGACAUUUAUUUUGUUAGCCAUCUUUUAAACUUUAAGAUUAUUUCUCACUAUUGGACGGUUCCAUUUAUGAAAAUGGAGGAUCCUAAUAUUGAAAAUGAAGAAAGUACUGGACUGAAUGAAAGGAACACAGUCCAGGGUAUCGAAUCUCGAAAUUUUGAUUACAAUAGAGAAUUGGAUCUGAAUUCUGAAGCACAUGCAAAGCCAAAGUUUGAUCCAGAAAAGUUCAUGGAAAUUGUGAUGAAAAGAAAGCUUGGAGACAAUAGUCAGGCACUGGAAGGUUCCUUGGAAGAAAAUGAUUCCCCCAACAAGAAAUUGAAACAAGAUUUGGUAAUUGAGAAGCAUUACUCUCAAAGCAGAAAUGAAAGUGAAAAUGAAAUUGAAAGCCCAAAACGUGAUGAAGUGGAUGGAUCAAUUGCUAAUUCAAGUCAAUCAAAUCUAGACAAUGUAGAAGAAAGUGGGAGCAAUGACUCUAAUUCCAUUGAAAACGUACAAUUCAAAGACUCUGUAGAAGGAAAGCCAAGGAUAGCCAUGUUUGAUGAUCAAGAAUCACGUUCAAGUGAUCUAAGUGGCUCUUUUACUUUGAACAGUUUCAAGAGUUUAAAUUCAGAAAACAAAAGCUCAGGCAUAAAUGAAGGUAUUUUUCAGCAUAAUGAAAUAAACAGAUCUGAAGACAAUAGUGAAUCACAUGAACAUGUCCAGGAUGAAAUGUUUGUGAAGAUAAAACAGCAAGAUUCAAAAAGGUCAUCUAGAAAACAACAUGUUCCUAAAAAACUUGUGACAGAAGACAUUAAUGAUUUUGAACUUGUUUCAGCUGAAAAUGUGGAAGACUUAGCUGAUGAAAUUGAUGACAUUGCACCAAAACAUAAGAUAACGAAGCAUGAAAAAUCAAGAAAGCAAUCAAAACCUAAGAGGAUAGCGCUGGUUGAAAGAAAAGUUUGCACGAGUGUAGAAAAAAAUCCACAAGAAAUACUUGAUGUGAGUGAAGAUGUUGAUGCUAUUUAUGAAUCUCAAGAGCUCAGUAUUAAGGCAAAUACUGACCACAUUGAAGAUAGACUUCAGGUAGAUGUAGAUGCAGGAGAACAUUCAGUGAUAGCUAGUGACAUAACUGGGACAGAGGAUAGCAAAUCUUCAGAUUGUGUUAGCGAACUGGCUGAAGGUAAUGAUACUUAUUACUCUACAGUGUUGAAAUCAUCCCCUCUGCUUGGAAAUGAUGGAAAUGAAUUUCAGAAACAAUUGCUUGGAUUGGGAUUAUCCACAGAAAAUAUUGAUCUUCUGAACAAACUUUCACCAUCAUUGCUGAAAACAAAUAUGCUUCAAGUGUCUGCUGAUGGUAUCAAUUCGGAGAGAGAAAACCUUGAGGUGAUCAGACAAUUGAGAGAGUUCAGGUCUCACAAAUAUAGGAAAAUUGCUAUUUCUGAGAAGAAAGAGAUUGCUGAAUAUGCUAAAAGUAAUGGAGUCACACAAGCUGCCAAUAUUUACAAUGUGUCAAAGUCUGCAGUUUCCAUGUGGACAAGGCAAGAUUUGGACUCAUUAGAGGAAAUAGAUGAGAGGCGUAGGAAAAAUUGCAUGGUGGGAAAUGAAAAAUUUGAAGCCCUCUGUGUAAAGGUUCGUGAGCACAAAGAGAGUAAGUUUAAGGGACUGAGUAAGCAAGACAAGUUUGAGGUUUCAAGGUUUGCUAAGCUGGUAGGUGUAAGAGAGAUGGCAAGAUGUCUUGACGUGGCUCUAGGGACAGUUUCUGGUUGGAUGAGGCAGUUUCCAUAUGUUGUUAAAGGGGAAGAGGAGGUUUCUAAUUCUAGUUUCGGUAGUUCAAAUCAAGAUGAGGAAAAUGGUGCCAAACAACUUGAGACACUGGGUAAAUCUUCGAGACAGUUGGUUUUUGAUGAGAAUGGAUGUGCUGGUUCUUCAUCUAAGCCAAUUUCGAAGGCUAGAAGAAGGAAAUCUGGUAAAACUGAGAAUGAAAUUCAUGAGGCACAUUUUCAAACUGAAACAAAGAGUAGACUAUUGUUCAUUAAACCCAAGGUCGAGAUAAAUGAUGAGCCAGUUGAUGCAACACCAAAGGAUGAGAUAGAUCACAUGAUCGAGAAUAGUGUAGUUAUGUAUAAACCUCCGGAUAUUGAUAAACUCUAUGAGGAAAGUAAGGAUCAAAUGGCGAGUACUGAGUUAGAGAAUAAUGAAGAAUUUAAGGCCCUGUUUUAUAGAGUGGUGCAGUGCAAAGGUAACAAGUACAAACACCUGUCUGCGGAUGAUAAAAUGGAGGUGUGUAGAUAUGGGAAACGGGUCGGUGUGCGGAAGGUCGGGAAAAUAUUAGGACUUGCAACUGGGACACUUUCUGGUUGGAAUACAAAAUACCAUGUGUACCUAUCUCCAGCAAGUGAGUCAGUUUUUAACAAAACAUCACCACAGUUAGACGUGUCAUCGUCGUCGAAUCUCAGUGAACAUGAUUUGUCCAAUGAUGGGUCCAGCCCAUUUGGAAAUAGCAGUGUUUGUUCAACACAAAGUCCAAGUAUGUUGGCUGGAAAGUCUCCUUUAUGUGUGGAUGGAGUGGAGAAAUCAGAAGUUACUGCCAUUAAAUGUCUGUUUAAGGAAAAGUUUGAUGAUAUUUUGAAGAAGAUUGAAGUAGCUAGGAGUGUAAAAUUUAAGAAUAUAACUAUUGAAGAAAAGAUUGAAAUUGUGAAAUGCUCGAAGUUGGUUGGAAUCCGCCCUACCGCAAGGGUUUUGAAUAUUCCUAUUGGAACAUUAUCUGGAUGGAUUACAAAGUAUAGUAGGGACCUGCAUCCUGCUUACAAUGUGAAUGACAAUAGUGCAAUAAAACCAGGAUCUGUGCCAAGUUUCCCUGGAAAUAUGGGACUUUCCAUUCCGGGUGCAAGUUUUGGCAUUCUGCCAACUAUGACUCCUUAUAUGGUUCCUGGACUUGGACAAAUGAUUGGUGUUGGGAAUUCAGGGGCCAGUUCAAAUAUGUAUUCCCACCUGAUGAAUGUAAUAGAAGAAAAUAGUUCCCAAGAAAGUAGUUCCAAUGAACAUAGUAUCCAAGAAAGUAGUUCCCAUGAAAGUAGUUCUGUGGAAAAGUUGAAAAGACAUUUAGCAGAAAGGGAGGGAAAGGUUGAAGAAAUGGAAAAGAAGGUGAGAACUGUUGGUAAAGGCACUAAUUCUAGUCAUACAGCUACAAAUGGUACUGAUGAUGGUUUUGAAGAUGAAGCACAAAGAUUGGCCCAACAAUAUCUACAAGCGGCCUACAGACAGUUAGGAAUACCUUUGAUGUAAAGAAAGAGUUUGAAAAUCUUUAUGAAGUGUUCAAGUGAUUGAAAAAAUGGAAUUUAUUUUUACUCAUACUGCAAGAUGUAAAAACUGGAAAACAAGACCAAAAUGCUUACCAUAUAAAAAAAGUGUACUGGACUUGGGUAAAAAUAGAUCUUAUAGCAGCAUGCACUAAAGCAAAAACCAGCCAGGAAUUAUCAGUGAGAGCCAGUAGGAGGCCAAUGACACAUUCACUUUACUUGGGUUAAAUAAUAAACACAAGAAACAUGUUGCUGCCUCAUCUGUGUGUUCUUGUUUAAAAUAGUGCAUAACAGUUUCCCAAUUUAAAUCAUAUCUGUUUAUGAGUACAGAUAAAUAUACUGAUGCUAUUUUUCUAUUGCAAAUGUAUCAUCUGGUGUGUAACCCCUUUAAGAUCAAAGGGGACAGUCACAUUCAUUUUGUGAAAUUUCUUGCAAAUGUAUCCAGUUCAAUUAAGCAGAAAAUAGUUUGUUCAUGAUUUUUUUUAAAUUUAUUCAAGAAUUUUGAAAAUACCGUAUACGUGUAUAGAUAAAAUGUCAAAUUUAAGUAAAAUAAUACGAAAAAUUGAAUAUACAGUAUGUGUUUACUGUAAAAUAAUGAAUAUAUGGUAUACAUGUACAUAAACUGAUAAAAUAUUGACUGGUAUAUGUACUGAUGAAUAUUGAUAAAAUAUUGACUAUGGUAUACAUGAAUGGAUAAAAUAUUGAAUGUAGUAUAUGUUAAACAUGUACGAUUAUUUAUUUUCUUUUGCAUAAUAAUUAAGAAUUAUGUGUUGUGAUUUUUUUCAGUUAACAGUUAUGUUACAUAAUUAUUGUACUCUUUUUUUCAAUUAAUUAAGAAUAGUAUGUAGAAAAUGUGUAUUCAUUGCUUGGUCAAAAUUAAUGUUCUACAGAAUUAAAAUGUUUUAGAGUUUCCUCGCUGUUUCAAUUUCUGGUGUCUUUUAAGUUGAUAAAUUCUGCUUUGCGCAAUAAUUCCUUUCAAUAAAGACCACCCUGAGAAAUCAAAGGAUGGUAUAGUUCAGGAUUAAAACCUGUAUUCAAUAGAAUUAACUUUAUGACCAGAUUCUGAAUAUUUUGAUUAGACUGUUACAUAAACAUUGGACUCACUAAGGCAUUUCUAAGGAUAAGUUUAAAGCUGCACUCUCACAGGUUGUUCGUUUUAACAACUAUUCUAUUUUUUGUCUUCUGUAGUUCAAUUAAAGAGUAUACCGGUAGUCAGUGGCCGAUAUUUUCAUCACUGUUUACUUUUCUCAUACCAAAAGUUGAAUAUGAUGAAAAUAAUGUGCAGUAAUUAUAUAUUUUCAUUAUUUUAACAUGAACUGUCUAUAACUGUACUGGCACAAAACUAUGUUAUUAUGCUAUUUAAUAUAGUUUUUAUUAUAAGUAUGUAUUUAUGUUCAGCAAACAAUCGUCAUAACAUUACUUAGAAUUACAUUAAUAAUGAUUCAUAUACUGGUAAUCAAUGUUAAUCUUUUUUAUUUCACUAUGUUUAACACAAAUCAUAUUCAUAUUUUUACCCUAAUCAGAAAUGUGUUAUUGGUUAUUGUAAAAACCUAUAUAAUUUCUAAUGAAUAAAAUUCAGUAAACAGUGUAUUGAAUUAUAUGGCAUUGUUUAACUUCAGGGUUUACAUCUUUAAAUUUGUAUACCAAAUUUCAAAAUGCAGGGGGAAAAUUCAGGACAAAAACCGGGUAAAAAACUUCAUUUCAAAGUUUUUAUUUCCUUAUAAUCUGUAUUUGCAUCCAAAAUCCAAUAUUUAAAUGUUAGAAGUUUUUUUUUUUAUUUAGAACGGAAUACUAUUAACUUGAAGCGUACACUUCUUGGUCAACAAUGUUAUUAGAGGGGGUGCAAACUACUAUUUGUACGGGUAUAUUUUACUGUAGAUAAUAUGCAGGGAAAAAUUAUGAGAAAAAUCUAUAAAAAAAAUUAUUCUUUGUUUGAAAAUAAAGGAAAAUAAAUGAAGAGAAAUUCUGCGUACUUUCUACUGUAAAAUUCUUUUAUCAUUUAAAUAGGGUAAAUUUCAGGUAAUUGACUAUUAAAUGUACUUUAACAAUUAAUUAUGGUAAAAUAUUGGUUAUAAUGGAAUCAAGUGUAACACUUUUAUAAAUUUGUUUAUACAAAAACACUGAAGUCUAAGCUUUUGUGUGAUUUUUGUAUUUUUUAGAUUUACUUUAAGAUCUGAAUAUGUUAUUUAUUUCUGAAGUUUGAAAUAAUUGUUUGGGUAUUUACAUUCCUGUCUUGUGCUAGCAAAUAAGUAUUUGUGAAUUCAUGAUUUUAUUUGCUAAUAAAGUG